GACGCGAAGGACACUCAAUGUCGGAGUUUUUUCCUUUCAUUUUCCAUGUUUCUACUCUAACGAAAUUAAAUAUUCAGAAUUUAAUAUGCGAGUUUGCUUUCAAUAUUUAUGAUUCAAAUUAAUUUAAUGAUUUACCAUAUCUGAAUUCUCCAAAAUGGUGGUUUGUAUUGAUAGUCAUAAUUUUGAUUUCUUAUCAAUGCAAAAUGAAGUUAUAGAUUGUAUUUCUCUUAAAAGCAAACCAUAUACAACAGAAGCGAUUUCAAAGUUAUUUUCGAAAUAUGAAGGAGUUGAAAAUGAUUGUAGGCUUGCUACUGAUCAAGCGUUUCGAGUAACCUUAGGUAAAAUUUUAUAUCCAAGUAAUAAUCAUCUCCACCAUAGCGAUAAAAAUGAUAUUUCUGAGAAGGAAAUGGAUAAAUGCAUAUCUCAGUAUGAAGAGCUGUUAGAUUAUGUCAUUAUUCAUGCAAAAGAACAGUUUUGUACAAAAAAUCUUCCUAUUUUGUUGCUUAGUGAUAUAUUUGACACAAUGACGUUGUGUGAUUGUGAAAAAAUGUUCAAAUACAUUGAGAAAAAUGUGUCAAUAUGGAAUGCAGAGCCAUUUUUUAGUACAGGAAAAAAUCAUUUGUUAAGAAUGUGCAAUGAUAUGUUACGUAGAUUGUCAAAAUCGCAAAAUACAGUAUUUUGUGGAAGAAUUCAACUUUUUCUUGCUCAACUUUUUCCUGUUGAAGAAAAAUCUGCAUUAAAUUUAAUGAGUAAUUUUCAUCUUGAAAAUGUGACACUUUUUAAAACAGAAAAAUUAGAUUUUGAUGAAAUUCAACCAAACGAUUCAGUAGAGGAUAGAGAGCUAGUAAACAAUCCAGUUGAUUAUAAUCUUUACAUAAAAUUUUGGACUUUACAAGACUAUUUUGUUAAUCCUUCAAAGUGUUACACCAAAGAAGGUUGGAAUCUAAUAAAUACCAAUAUUUCAGAGGUUCUCAAAAUCUUUACAAGUUUCAAGCUGGAAUUUAAUGUACGCAAAAGAAAAUCAAUUGACAUGCCAAUUGAUGUUGAUCAAAUAAAGCAAACUGCAAACAACUAUUUUGCAAAAUACUUAACUAAUGAAAAACUUUUUAAUUUUCAAUUAAAUGACAGCAAUUUUCGGAGAAAUUUUUUGGUCCAGGUUCUUAUUCUAUUUCAAUACCUGUCUGGAACAAGUAAAUUUAAAGCCCCUAAUCAGGUACUGAAUGACACUCAAACAAACUGGAUUAAUGAAACCACUGAUAUUGUAUACAAUUCUAUUUGUGAAACUCCACCUGAUGGCAAAAAAUUUUGUGAAACCAUAAAGCAUAUUUUGAGUAGAGAAGAAAACUGGAUAAAUUGGAAGAAUGAAGGUUGUCCCAGUUUCGCUAAAGUAAAGUCUAGUACUGAAACAGAAGUAGCUCCAAAAAAAGCAAAGCGCUCUAUUGGUGAUGAUUUUGUGUUGAAUCAGAGUAAAAAAAUCAACAUGGGAACUUUAGAAUUAACUCGAUUAUGGAAUCUUAAUCCAGACAAUUUAGCUUCAGCAAAAGUAGAAUCUCGACUUAAAUUUCUGCCGAAUCUAAAAGAUUUCUUUGAAAAAGCUAUUGAACAAGCAGAUCCUAAUGCAGGAAUAGAAGAUGAAUAUAAGUUGGUCAAACAACCUAAUUUUCAAUGGAGAGCACUUCGACUGCUUGCUAGACGCAGUGAUCACUUUUUUACGCCUAGCCAAACUCCUUUCAAGGCUUUGCCAGAGUACCUUUCCAGCGUUAUUGAAAACAUAUCAAAAGAUAUGACGAAAGAUAAACCUUCGUGUGAUUCCAAAUCUCUUGAGAAUGGAGAGUUAACACGUGACUAUACUACAUAAUGGGAUGCGAAAUCAUUUUUAGUUUUUAUAUAAAAAAAACACCGUCAUUUCAAUUUAGAUUAUCUUCUUUAAAAAUGUGUAUAAACGGUGAA